UGGUGGCAUUUUCACUUUAGUAGGAUUUUAGAGUUAAAAGUUCAAGAUUUCAUGUAUGCAUUUGGCAUCACUGUGUAAUAGUACCUUUUUGAGAAGUACCUGUCUUAGAUUUCUAAACCUUCAGUUCAACAUGAAUGCCUCACUGCCUGACAAAAAAGGGAUAUAUGAUAUGACACACCUAUGUAGCCAGAUUUAGUAACACUACAACUGAAUUUGUAUGCACAUGAAAUAUUGUGAAAAUGCUACUUUAUCUGAAAAUUUAAUACAUGACAUUUCAAGUCCGGAAGAAUAUUCUUUAGAAGUAAAAUUUUGUUCAGGAAGCUAAAUUGAUAGAAAUUGCAGAUUUCUACAUAAACAUUAAUGGCCAUCCUUGAUUUUAUGCUCUUUUUGGAAGUUCUAAUCACUAACUGUAACAUAUAGAUCAGGCAGAUUCUAGAUCCUGCUUGAUUGUAAUACUGCAUUAAGAAAUAUAAGUGAUCUUGCUUAAUUGCGUCACAUGAUUGUACAUUGGAGUCGUAAGUUGGUCAUGACGAAUUGACUAUUGCUGAUUGUCCAGGAUCUAACUGAUAUAAUGGAUUCCCCCUCUCAUGCUUUCAGAUGUCAUUGAGCUGAAUCUAAUCUCUUUGUGGUACAAAUGUUACAACCACUAUACAUAAUACUUCUGACUCUUUCCCCCCUUUAUAUUUAGCAACUUAUCCAACUCUUUUUUGUCACAAGACUUCAUUGUGUUAUAAUUUGGAACUGAAAUACUUCAACUGCUCAAAGUCUUUCUGCAUAUAUAAUGUUAUAAAAGGAGUUUGUUACCCCAGGAUAAUUGUUCUACUAGCAUAAAAAAGAGAGGGAGAGAGAGAUAAAUUCUUUGAAUCAAGUACCUUCUCAAAUUUCACAAUGUGUUUAUCACACAUGCCAAAAAGAAGUAUCUUGAAAUUUACAGUAUGAAAUUUUGUCAAGUCUGAUCCGCUAGUCCUGAACAUUUUUUGGUGUUGACGAGAAGGAAACACUUAUGUUUCCAUGGGUGCAGUUUCUAUCCAAUGAAAGUUGAUGCUCUUAACAGGAAACCUUUGCAACCAGUUAUAGAAGAAUGUAAAUUCUUCUUCCAUACUUAGUACAAGUACUAAGCAUGUGCUUUCUUUAGAUCUGUAGGCUUUCAGAUAACGGGUCCUUGUAUACCAGACUUCUAAUCCUUCCUGCUAAACAGCAGAGUUUUAGUUAGUCAGUGAAAGGAACUUUUGCAUAACACUGGACAAAAUAAGGAUAUGUCACUCAAUGGAUUACACAAGCGCAACAGGACCUCUUGAAUCAUGUUGGACAAGGGCCGUAAGUCUGGCGAAAAGGUCACCACUGAUGACAGAAAACUAAAGGCUUGUGGGAGGAACCGAUUCUGUAAACAGUGCAAGUUCACCUGUACCGACCCCAAGGACUUUCUCACCCACCAAAAAUACGCACAUUCCCAGGAAAAAGAUCCUGAUAUACUUAACUCCAUAAGUAAGAGGCGAAAAAGUUCUAGCAGCAACCAUUGUACUAGUCAGGGCUCACUCGUGAAAAAAACUGUGACCCGAUCAAGUGUAUCUCAUGACAGUGACGAGAAGCUUAACUUUGUUAAUGGUAGAAAGUCAGACUCAAAUACAUUCCAACCCACAGAAGACACACUAACACUUGUAAACAGUGAAGUUAAUAAUUCUUCAUCAGAAGACGAGGCAGUAGACUCUAUGAACAAAGAAAAUCAGUUAGUUGACAACAAUAAAAGAAACUCAUUUGAUGACUUUGAGAAAAUAGAUAAAGAGAAUAUGGACUCUGCAGAAAUGGAGCAUGCCAGUAACUUUGGCAGCGAGCAUGAGGAACAAGAUGAAGAAGGGAAGCUGAUCAUCGCUGAAGAUGACCAUCUGUCCAGUAAAACACCCACACGCAGUGGAAAUAUUCAGAAUCGCACUUACGUCUGCAACCAGUGUGAAUUCAGCUCAACAAGUGCAAAAACAUUCCUUCAUCAUCAGAAAGAUGAACACCAGCCAGACAUAAUCAUUUAUGAGUGUGACAUUUGUGAAUAUGCAACAAAAUACAAACAGAAGUUACCUCGCCACCGAAAACUUCACUUCACUGGCAAAGAAAACAGCAGUUUGCUAGGUGGCUAUGACUUGGAAAGUAGCUUGAAUGAGAGCAAAGACAGAAGUGGAAGCUUUAAUGAAUCAAUGAAAAUGGACGAAAACAAUCCAAAUUUUGUCCGCAAUGUUGUCGAUGAUGAUGAAGAUGAUGAUGAGGAAGAGGAGGAAGAAGAAACUCUACCUCAGAGCGAAGCCCCAGAGAUUGUUAGCAUGCCUGAUGGUACACCUCAUGUUGAAAAGAAAAAACGCAAAACCAGACAGGAAGUGGACCCUGGGAAAUACUUCGAAGUUCAGGAUGACACUGGAAUCAAAUAUGCUUGCUCCAAAUGUGGAAAUGUUUACAAAUGGAGAAAAUCACUGAACAAACAUUGGAAAGAAAAACAUUUUGGUGACAUUCCAGAUUCCAGUGUUCCUCCACCAGGACUUGCCAAACUCAAUAGCCUGAAUCAUGUGCAAUAUACCUAUAGAUUCCCUACUCCUAAGGGAAUGGACCGCAUGUCACCCUCAUCAUCCCAGAGAGGAGAAAGAUCAAGGUCGGAAACUCCGGUCAGUAUGGUGGAACGCUACCAACCUGGAGCAGAACUCCUUGAAAAUAGCAACAUGUCAUCUGUUGUCAUGCCCCGCUUCAUUGGACCAUUCAUUACCGACUCGCUAGCAGGAGAUGACCACUCUCAAAGCAAAAGAAAAUCUGAGGCACUCUUUCCAAGGAUGAUGGAUUCUAGUCGUGAACAACCUAUAGACUUUUCCGUCAAAAAGGAAAAUGAAUACAGUCCUUACCUGAAAGGCUCUAGAUCGUCUCCUUCCUUCAACAAUGACCAAGCUUGGUCUGAACAAACCUCCAGUCUGGAUCUCAGUGGGAACAAGAAGGAAGAAAGUCCUAUACUUCAGUGCAAUAGAUGUUCCUUUGUAGCUAAAACUUUAGUUGACUACAGUUCUCAUAUGACUUUACAUUUGAACAAACGGGCUUUCAAGUGUGCAGAAUGUCAAGAACAUUUCAAUAAUGUAGAAGAUUUGAACAAACACUUUGGAGAAAACCACUCAGAAAAAAUCCAUGAGCACAAGGAGGCUAUCCAGAAGAUCCCCCAUGGAUUGCAGCAAACAUAUCACCUCCUGAAAAUGCCUCUCAAUGCCAUUGGUUCUAUUGCUGUGUCUGAAGCCUCUACCUCGGGACCUAGUGAACCCAAGUACCUGAAAUGCAGCAUGUGUUCCUUUGUUGCAAAGUGGCCGGCUGAACUCCAGAAGCAUGCAGUCUCCCACUCUGAAGAGCGACCGUUUGUCUGUAUGGUCUGCGGAUCCACCUACAAAUGGAAGUGGGACUUGGUCAAACACUUUGAAAAAAGCCAUAACUCCCUAACCAACCCAUACAAACGCAGAGAGCAAGGGUCCCCAGCUCCUUUGAACAUGAAACCUGAACAGAGUUCUGGCAUGAAAUCCCCACCAGUUCUGUCCCCAGUGCCAGGUUUCCAUGGGGACCGGCCCAUGUAUCCAAUGACCAGUACGGCGGCAGCUCUUAUAGACACAGACACAUUCCAUAAAAGAAGUUUAGACAGCAUGUCCUAUGAAGAGCCCUUCCGUAAAAAGAGACGCCUCUCUGACACAGACAUGCCGAAUCUGAUGGACCAAUCGCAGAGUGACUCCCAGGAAUACAUCACAGCAGGGUCUCUCGGCUAUGAACAAGAUGAUUCUAGAGCCAAUGAAUCGGCAAGUAAUGACUCCCAAAACAGCUUCAGAAUGUCUGGUGCAUCUGCUCUACGUGACAUGGAAAACCUCAUUCCUCCAGAGGAUGAGAAAGGAAACGAUCCCAAUGAAAUGUUUGGUACCUGUGCCAUCAAUCCUCAGACUCAGAUGGCCGUCAUCAAUGCAGUCAAAAAGCGAAUGGAUAACGGGAAACCAGGCAGUGUCUCCUCCAAGUCCAGAACAAAUGACAAAGACAAAAACUCUGACAUACUUUUGCCAUACAAAUGUCAGAUAUGCGAGUACAGAGCUAGAUGGCCAUCUGAAAUCACCCAGCAUAUGAAGAACCACUCUGAUGAGAAGCCUUAUCACUGCCCAAGAUGUAGCUACAAGAGCAAGUGGAAGUGGGAUGUAGUUAAACAUUUGAAGCGCUGUGGAGGAGGUACCAUUAGAGACGUCAUUGACACCAAUAAGAUCAAGAAGCACUCAGCUCCACCCAAUGUGACAGUCAUGCCACAGGGUUCAUUCCAGAGGCCGGGCCUGACUUCACAGGCCAACUCUUCUCAGAGGAAUGCUGAAAGUCGCUUUUCCAUCUCCUCAGUUGCCGAGGCUCUUGCAAGCAACAACAGUGCAAUCAUGUCUAUGGCCGAUAUGAACAAGGCUAAUUAUGAAGACUAUGAAAAAAUUAUGAGUCUAUCCAGUAGCCAGCAACCAAUAUUUAAAAGCAUCAUCAACCAGGGGGUUUACCAUUGCUUUGAGUGUCCAUUUGUUGCUCAAAGUCCAGCCGAAUUAAAGCGCCAUGCAGUUCUCCACUCAGAAAACAAACCCUUCAGCUGUACCAUCUGUGGCUAUAGCUCUCGAUGGAAGUGCGACCUCAAGAAACAUAUUCGAACCUACGGGCAUUAUGACCAGUCUUUGUAUUCCAAGUCUUCUCAACAAAGCCCAUCAGACAAAUUCCAGUACCAGAUAGCGCAGAGAGACAUCUACCAAGAUGACCAAGACUCGGAGGAUCGAACCCUGUACAAAUGCAAUAAAUGUGUAUAUUCUACCUUUAAGAAAUACUCAUUUGAAAUUCAUAUGAAAAUCCAUGGAGACAUAAAAAAAGAAGAUGGUUCUUCGGGUAAAUACAACUGUAAACAAUGCGACUUCCAGGGGGCUGACUUGAUUUCCCUACUUCAGCAUAAGAAGACUCAUACUGGAAAACCUACAUCCAACAUUUCAGCCAUGGAACAAUCUAAUGAACAGGUGUCCAACAGAACCUUGCAGAAGCACAGAAGGAAACCUGUUCAGCAGUUCCGUUGUCCAAAAUGCCCCUACACCUGCUUCAAGCGCUCUGGCCUAACCAUGCAUGAAGCCAUGCAUCAACCUCGCGGGGAGGAUGCCCUGAAAUGUUACUACUGUGACUACAACGUUUUCAGCAAAGGGCUUCUUGUACAGCACAUGAGGCUUCAUCCCGAAUUUGAUCCAAAUGAAUGCAGUGAAUUUGCUGAAAUUUUAGAAAAUAACGACUUUGACAAUAUGGACACGGAAGAAGACGAGUAUCUACGAAACAUGAAUGAUGAAGAUCUGGAUGACUAUAGCAUGAUGGAUGAGGACUCGCGCCAAAGUCCUAAUGACCUGAACAGCUCAGGGUCAAGCUUCAAAGCAAAAGAAAGUGGAGCAUUAGACCUCUCCAGUUCCAGCUUUACUUCCAUUGCUAACGAUUCUAAGAAAGCUAGCAUGUUUGAACAACCAGAUAGUCCAGCUUCUCAAAUGCAGUUCCCUUGUGAGUGGUGUUCAUCAAGGUUCCCAAACCUAACCACCCUUUAUCAUCACGCAAGCACACGGCAUCCAAUGGAACUACGCCUUCAAGAAUUGGGAGAGUCACCAAGCAUGGCCCUGCCCACAAGAAUGAAUGAUCCAUAUUUAGAGCGCCAGAAACGUCUACAACAAAAACAAGAGCUUCAAAACCAAGAAUUGGAGCAACACAAGAUGCAGCUAGAGCAACACUUCCAGACACCCAUGAUGAAAAAUGCAAUGAAUCAGUCCAGAUACCGGCCUAUUGAGCCCAAACUUCCAUUUUCACUCUCAGAGAACACAUCACCAAAUCCAGUAUACAGUUCUCCUUCAACUAGCAGUCCAAGCACCAGCACCUUCUCUAAAAUUUCACAAGAUGCAAACAAUAACAAGUCAGGCAUUCCAAUUUCACAGUCCUCCACUCUGGUUGCUCAGGCUUUGCUUGCAAAGGCCAAGAAAUCGACUAGUCCAAACAAGAGAGGAAGAUCAUUCCAGUGCACCAAGUGUUCCUUCACCGCUCCAAAUGCAGUCACCUACCUACGACACAUUGAGAGACAUGGCAGCAACUGCAGACACACCUGUCGUUUCUGUGACUACAGCAUUGAUCGUCUCAACCUCCUCUAUCAGCACAUGAAAGGCACCCAUGGAGAUCUCUGGAGGGGAACUCCUGAGGAAAAAAUCAACCUGACAUCUAGCUCUGGGGGUAAAGGCUAUUCCGAUGAAAUGAGAUCAACUGACAUGAACUCUGACAGCAUGAACAACAGCCUGGAUGGUUCCUUUACAGGCUCAUCUACUGAGAGCUCUGAGAUCAGCGACGAAGCUUUCAACUUCUCCAUGAAUGAAAUCAGAGUCUACCAUACAAUGGCUGCCAAAGGACAAAACCCAGUUCUGACAGUUAAAGAAGAAACCACUUGGUAUGGUAUACCUAUUCAAGUCUGCUCCAUCAAUGGAAGGAAGAGCUACAAAUGUCCUAAAUGCAUGUAUGUUAACAGCAAUCCCAGUAACACUGUUAAUCAUGUCAAGUUUCACGGAAGCAACAAAAGGCUUUCCUGUGAUAAAUGCGACAUUGGUGUGGACAAUAUGCGACAGCUAGAAAUCCAUUACGAAUGUCUCCACCCAAAGAACCCAAUCUUCAUUGAGCGCUCACCAAGCAGGAUUCCAUUUGUAAGUGAAGCCAACAACUCAGUGGAGGAGAACAACAACUUCCUCACCUGGAGCAAACUCAGUCAGAAAACCUCCAACCUGAUCCUGCCAACCUGCACCAAAUGUCCUUACAAAUGCAGAACAGUGGAGAUGCUUCAGUACCACUUGACUCUUCAUAACCUGAGCCGAGAGUUCAAGUGCAACUACUGUGAAUUCAGUGUUGACUCGCAGAACCUGUUGCUAAAGCACUUGGGUGUUCACAGAGAGCCUUAUGAACCAGACCUGAGUAAGAAUGAGGAGGAGGAAAUCAAGGCAGCUAACCUUGGACCAACUAGUCAGAACCAAUUUCUGAGCAAGAUUGAUUUAAUGCCCAGCAGCUCCCAAAAGGAGAUAAAGGAGAUUGAAAAUAAACUCACACCACAGACCCUCAAGACUGUGCUGAAUAAUCUGAAAAACAGCACUGGGAGACUGAGAUACAGAUGUGCUAGGUGUCCAUACUUCUCUUUCUGCAAGAACAAUAUCAGUAAGCACCAUAAACAACACAUCAUUAAAAGCAAAUUCAAAUGUCAGUACUGUGACUACAGUGCAACUAGAAACUUCUUGAGGCUGCAGCACAUGAAGUUCCAUGAUAACAGUGACCUUUCUGAUGCUAAAUCUGCUGACUACCAAGACAUCAUCUUGGAUCCUUAUGAUGAAGACGGUCUGAAAGUACUAAGCAGCAUCCAGACACCUGAGUCAACCACAUCCACAAACAGCGAAGACAAUAUCAAGGACUUCUCUGAUGAAAACAAUGAAUAUACAGAGGAAACGGAUGCAAUGAUGGAAGGAGGAGAGGACUUUGAUGAAGAAGAAAUGGCUGCUCUAGAGCAGGCUGAAUUUGAAGGUCUUGAGGAAAAGAAGACCUCUGAUGUUGAGAUGGAGAUACAAGACUCAGAUGACAGCUUGUCCGAGAUGGAUCCUUCAGCCCUUCAGCAGCAGAUGUCCAUGAAUUUGUCUGGGUCCAUGGCAAGUGAGGAAAAGAUUCGGUACACCUGCUCUCAGUGCCCUUACAAAUGCAAUGCUCUCAGGAGCUUUAAAUGCCACAUCCAUAUGCAUGGCUUGAAUAAGAAGUAUAUCUGUGACUACUGCAACUGGAGUGCUGAUCGACUUAACCUUCUGUAUCAGCAUCGCAAAGUUCACCUCAAGGAGCCCAACUUCAACCCAUCUCCUGAAGACAUUGUCUUCCUAAACCGAAACUUUGCUCUGGAAAAUGAUGUCAAAAGUUUGAUGUCCCCUGAAGACAUAUCCAUCGACAAGCAGAAAAAGAACUCCAGCCCUGUAGAUGAGAGAGCAUUACAGAGAAUGUCUGACCGCCAGUUUGCUGGAAAGAAGAUAUACGGCUGCAAGCUAUGUCCUUUCUCUUGUAACAACAAAAACAGCUUUGCUUACCACAAGAAUCUUCACAAGAUUGAUGCCAGAUACACCUGUAACCAGUGUUCCUACAGCAUUGACCGCUGGAAUCUUCUGGCCCAGCACAUGAAACUGCAUAAAAUAAGCAACAUGCAAAGCCAGGACAGGAGCAAUACAGAUGAGAUGAAUGCUUCCAGUCCUGAAGUCGAGCCUCAGUUAUACUUCAAUGCUGGAGACAGCCUCAAUGGCAGCGAGGUGGAAAGUGAAGAAGAGAAGGCUCAAGACUGGAAGUGCAGCAGAUGCCCUUACAGUGCCACCUCACCAGAGAAGCUGAAGGAGCACUCCCAGCAGCAUCACAAACACAGCAAACACAGUUGUCCAUACUGUGACUUCAGCGACUCGGAGGAAGGCAACAUGCUCGAGCAUGUGCAGCUUCACUUCCCCAGCACCAAGCUCGACACCGAGGCUGUCCAGGCCAUGUUGGCCAAACAGGGGGGCAAGCUACCUCACUCCCCCGAAGUUCCAGUGGUCAAGUCCUUCAGGAGGGACACAAAGAAGUCUGAGUCUGACUCUGUGGAGAGAGAACCGUCCAACGAGGCCCCGAAAUCCAGGACCAAGGUCUACGUUUGUCCGUACUGUGAACGUGAAUUUGACAAUAAAGAUCUCAUGCUUAAGCAUGAGAGACAGCAUCUAAUUGGGUCCAAGUAUUAACAAUGUACGUUGAUAGAAAAUUGUGUUUAUCAAGAAAGAUUAACUUGCCUUAAUAUUGAGAGGUGCUUUACAAUUGUGCAAUUAAUCAUACUCAUAUUGGAGUGCUUUUUUAUCAGGGGUUUAUUAGAUUUUCUUAACAAAUAGGAUGGUGUAUAAAUCCUUUUUUUCCAAUUUAUUUAUUGUAUUCAACAAAAAUGAUGAUCACUUACUUAUUAUGCAAUUAUCGAUGUAUAGCAACUUGGAUCAAGUGGUCUAUUAUCAUCAAGUACUUGUGAGUACGUGUUUCAUGAGAUGUGUUUCUCGAUCAGGAAGUUUUAUAUAUAUAUAUAUUGUGCUAGAGGUAGUUGUGUAACAUUUACGUUGCCACAGGUUCAAAAUUAAGACCCAGUCUUUCACGAUUGUGUUCAGAUAAAACGUGUGUUAAGACUAGUGACAUAGUGUCACUUGGUAUUUUUAUGAUACGAUGCUCUGGUCCAAGUGUUUUUGACUUUUAUGUUAAAAAUGUGUGUGCCUUUAUUAUUAAUUCAUGUCAAAAGUGCAAUGUUUAUGUUUUUCAAGUUUGUGGCCUAAUACAGCCUCUUAGGAAAUCCCAAAAGUAUGAGAAAACCACGGCAUCAAAGUGUUUGCCAUUUUUUUCAUGAAAUAUUUGUACAUACUGUUUAAUUUGAUAUUUGUAUUCACUAUAUAUUAAAUUUCGUUUUCUGCAGACAGCAGAUUAUUUUUUGUGUACAUCCAAUUUUUUUUAAAACUACAUUCCAAUACAGCAAAUAUGCGCAGUUUUGUGAAAUAAUCAUGUGAUUAUGUCUGGGUGUUUUUGUGUUUUUCUAAAUAUAUAUAUCAUUGAUAAUAGUACUAUUUAUGCAGGUAUUAUAAUAUAUGAUUGUUCCAAAUACACAGCUGACGUCACGUUUGAGUGUUUACGGAGACUCGAAGACGACCAAAGGUUUCUUUGAUGUUUCUGGAAUUGUCUUCAACAUUAAUGUCCAAAUUCAUCACUAUGCAAAUUUCUACGAUUUAAUGAGAAUUUUGGUGUCUUCCAUGUCGCAAUCAAUCUAGACAUCUUUGUUAUUCAAAUGAUAAUUUUUUUUUUCAUUUUUUGGUGGAAUUGUGUCUUUUUUUGUCUUCCAAGAAUAUUGUGGUUCAAGGGGAACAACUCUAUUUUAUUACCAAUUUUACAUACAAAUGUGCCUUAUAUUAUCAAUGGUUUAAGUCCAGUUGUCAUAGAAACAUUUUAUUCUUGUGUUUCUCCAGAUGGUAGAAAUUGGCUUUCUGCUAGAUUGCCACUCAUUUUCACAAUGGCUUCCAAGUGUACAUUCUUGUUGCUUUUUUGUUUCAUUUUUUUUUAACCUGUAUCUUAGACUCCCAAGUUUUGUUAUUUUUUUUUUUUUUUGUGUACAGAAAUACUGGGUUUAUUACGAUACGGAAAUACGUGGAAAGAGACAAGUGACAUGAAGACAAAAUCUCCGUUUCAUUAUCAUACAUGCAUUUAUAAAUUAAAUAAUGUCCAACGACAUGCUAAUUUCAGUGACAAGAGUUUGACAGUAAUGAUGAGGUCGAUAAGGCGCAGUCAAUUUGAGUUAAUUACUGAAUUCUCCGGUCUUUGUCUCUUUCUGCGUCGUCCCAGUAUGUGAUGACCCUAACUUCUGUACGACUGGUCACUGAUUCCUGGUGCUAUAUUCAGUGUACGGAUGUAUUCAUACUCCCUGCAUUUUUACAAACCUAUUACAACAAAAUUUUAUCCAAGUUUGUCCCGUUCAUAUUUUAGUUUAUAUCAUAGUUAAUCAUGUCAAAUCAUGUUUAUUCCAAUGAUUUCUUUUGUUUUGUCAGUUCAAUGAAAUCAUCAACUCAAGAAUGCAAAUUAGAACAAAUCUAUGCUAAAGAAUAUAACAAACCUUUUUUUUUU